GAAACGGAUUUUUAAAAUAUUCCGGAUUUGGAAUGCGGAUUAUAGACGGCCAUGUAUAGAGUCCACCAACAACAACAAUAAACCUUGCCUUGCAACGUACUCCGUCAACUUUGCAGAACACACGAAUCUUUCGCCUUCUACUAAGUAACUUGGAAGUGGUUUCUAAAUAAUAAGAAAAUUUAUGAUUAAAAAAAUGACUAAUGCAGGAACAUUUUCAUUCAGUGAUGUUGAUGUUGAAACAUCUUCUCAACAGUCUGAUGAAAUUCUUUCUUUGCGAUGGAAUAAUCAUUUAAUUGCGUUCCAAAGCCUGCUUGCAAAUGUUAGAAAUCAGAGUUACUUCAGUGAUGUAUCCGUGGCAUGCUCGGGCAAGUUGUAUGCUGUGCACAAACUGGUGCUCUCAUCAUGCAGUGACUAUUUUUCUUCAAUUCUUCAUGCAACUAACUGCCCUCAACCAGUUAUUGUUCUCAAGGACAUAACUAACUAUGACUUUGAGGCUCUACUAAGCUACAUGUACUUGGGUGAGGUCAACAUAAGGCAAGAUAAGCUCCCAUCUUUCUUGCAAGCCUCUGAGUCACUUGGAAUAAAAGGCUUGGUGACUUCAGAAAACAGUGCUUUGGCAGAGUGUGUUCUUGAAGACCCUUCCUGUAAUGUUCUCUCACCGAAUGUUAUCAAAUCACAAGUUAAAGAUUUUCCUGCACAGAACAAUCCUGAUCCAACAAGUUCUCAACACAGCCAGGCUUAUAAUGAACCUGUUUCUUGCUCUAUUUUAAAACCAUCAAGUAAUAACAAAGAAGAUACACAAUCUGUGAAAAGAAAACUACCUAUAAGUGAAUCCACUGCAUUGCUACCUGCUGUGGAAUCUUCUACUGAAAUCAUAUAUGAUCAUGACCAAAAUAUUGAGUUGAAUGUUAAGUUGAAGAAGAAAAAAUUAAAUCACUCAGAAAAUGGCAAUAAGGAUUCUGAUAUGGCAUCUGAUGAUUGCUCACUCAAUACUGACAUUGGUGAGCUGUAUGAAGAAGCAAGUUUUGAAACUAUGCCUCAAGUUUGUGUGAACAUCAAAGAGGAGCCUGAAGCUACAUUGUCUGAGCGUCAGAACCUUUUGACAACAAAAAACCAAAAGUCAGCAUCUGAUGAUCAAUGUGAGGUGCUGGGACUGAGUGACACUGAGGACGACUGCACGUCUUCUUCUCGACAGGAGUCUGCCAUGGGGUUGGCAGAGAUCAUCAGUGAGGCGCUCAUCGACAGAGAAGAUGCAGUGCAUUAUCUGAGUGCAUUGGGUUGCGAUGACCUGCAGCCUGACGACAAAGAUAAACCUCCUCUACCUGAACCUGAAACUUGUCUCCUACAGCUCGAGCCGUCUACUGGGCGUCCUGUGCUCCAGAUGACGUCAGAAAGCAACAGCAGGCCCUUACUUGCUGACCUCAAAACCAUCCGACCUAAGACGAGCGUUGCACUGAAGACUUGCACCCCAUACAUCCCGGUCGUGAGUAAGCCCAUAUUCGACAGUGUACCCCUAGGCGACCUCAUCUCCCUGAGCAACGCCGCGCCAAGCCGGCCCAGCAGCAGCAAUGUUCCCGUCCUAGCCACCAGCAGGAGCGUCACCACGGGCCCCGCAUACUCCACUCAGUAUGCUCUAGCUUGCCAAUAUUGUGGCAAAGAAUUCGCCUUCGGCAGUGAUCUCCGGCGGCAUGCGAGAACACACACCGGUGAGAAACCCUUCAGUUGCCCACACUGCAACUUCAGGUCAUCUCAGCGAUACAAUCUUGAGAGGCACAAGAAAACUCACGAACCCAAAUCAACCGACGUACCAAAAGCCGAGAAACACGCGUUGCCUUCCACGUAAAAUUCCGAUUUCGGUUGCAAUGCAAAGAAAACAAAUCUAAGAUAUGCUUUUUGGCGUAAAAAAUCCAUCAGCAGAAAAAAUUCAUUGCGUAAAAUAAUGUGCUGUUAUGAGUUGAAUCGAGCUGUGAAUUCUCUAUUCUAAUAAGUCCUCCGUCGCUUUAUUUGGAAUUUAAGCCCAUGUAUGAGCAGCAAUUGGUCACUGCUGCGCUAUUGACUAGGCUAUACUUACUGUGACGUUUAAUUCCUCACUUCCACGCUCUAUGCAUCGUAACGACUUACGUAAAUAGCGUAACUGACAA